CUGCCUGGGGUAUAGUAGCAAAGCGAAGACUUACUACAGCGGUCCGCGCAUUCUUCUUCCGAGAAAUUGUCCCUUCCGUCAACUACAUCUCUCCGCCCACCCGUAAAAGUUGCAACGCGUCGCUUGCCCGUUGGGGGUCUCUCCCGGCUGGUUUACGAGGCUCCAGGACCCCGAACAAAACAACUGUAAUUGCUUCGAGAGGAAGCAACUGGAGGCAACAUGGCAGGGUCCGUCUCCAGGGUGCUGGCCAGCCAGGCGCUGAGGCCUCUCUGCUCUCCCGGAGGGAGGAGGAUCCUGGUCAGAAACCUUCAGACUGAAAAUCAUGAUUCAACACGCCUUGAAACCUCCUCAGCUAAAACGUUAAUGGACAUAGGAACUAGAAGGAUCUUCUCUUCAGACCAUGAUGUCUUCCGGCAAAGUGUGAGAAAAUUCUUCCAGGAAGCUGUGGUACCAUAUCAUGGAGAAUGGGAAAAAGCUGGCCAAGUAAGCAGAGAGCUCUGGGAAAAAGCUGGACAGCAGGGGUUGCUUGGUAUCAAUAUAUCAGAAGAACAUGGAGGCAUUGGAGGGGAUCUGUUCUCUUCAGCAAUCGUUUGGGAAGAGCAGAUGUAUGUUAACUGUUCAGGCCCAGGAUUUAGUCUUCACUCUGAUAUUGUCAUGCCUUAUAUAGCAAACUAUGGAUCAAAAGAGCAGAUUAAAAAGUUCAUUCCAGAAAUGGCAGCAGGCAGAUGUAUUGGUGCAAUAGCUAUGACAGAACCUGGAGCUGGAAGUGAUUUGCAGGGUGUGAGAACAUUUGCAAAAAAGGAUGGCAGUGAUUGGAUUCUAAAUGGCAGUAAGGUAUUCAUUUCUAAUGGCUGGUUAUCUGAUUUGGUUAUUGUUGUGGCUGUUACAAACCGUGAGGCCCGUUCCCCUGCUCAUGGCAUUAGCCUCUUCCUAGUAGAAAAUGGUAUGAAAGGCUUUGUCAAAGGGUGUAAGCUUGAAAAAAUAGGACUUAAAGCCCAGGACACGGCUGAGCUAUUUUUUGAAGAUGUUCGCUUGCCUGCCAGUGCGCUACUUGGCCAGGAGAACAAAGGCUUCUAUUAUCUAAUGUCAGAGCUUCCUCAGGAAAGGCUCUUGAUUGGUGAUAUGGCAAUUGCUAGCUGUGAAUUCAUGUUUGAAGAAACAAGAACCUAUGUUAAACAACGAAAAGCUUUUGGGAAAACAAUUUCACAUUUACAGACCGUGCAACAUAAGUUAGCAGAACUGAAAACACAGAUUUGUAUAGGUCGGACAUUUUUGGAUAAUAGUAUUGACCUUCAUUCACGGAAAUGCCUGGAUUCCAUUACGGCUUCAAUGGCUAAAUAUUGGGCUUCUGAUCUCCAAAACAAUGUGGCUACUCAGUGUGUGCAGCUUCAUGGAGCAUGGGGAUAUAUGUGGGAGUACCCUAUUGCAAAAGCUUUUGUGGAUUCUCGUGUUCAGCCAAUCUAUGGUGGUACUAAUGAAAUAAUGAAAGAGCUCAUUGCAAGAGAUAUUGUAAGCAACAAGUAGAUGCAGUUCCAUUUUACCCUACAGAAAAUUAAAUCUUGCAAAAAGAAAAUUAGGAAGGACAGCAUAUAUCUAACUGAAGAAGUGAAAUAAUCUUUUAAAAGCUGUAAAACAUUAAUAACAAAGACUAUGUGUUUCUUAGGCUGACCUUUAAUGUUUAAUAUUAAAUCACUGUCUGUCUUUGGUGAUAUAAAUUCAAACACAUAGAACAAUG